GAUGUCUGAGGGACGCUUACAGACGCUGAAUCAGAGUGAAGGAAAUGUGAACCGGUGUGACGAAAGACCGAGUUUUUCCACUGGGUUUGAAACCAGGAAAGCGCGCGUCUAUGAUUUUUACAGCGGUUUUCAACUUCUGUGAUCCAUACGGAGCCUGAAGCACUUGAAGAUGAUGCUCAACUUUUUCCCGGUGCGGAAAUUCAAGCGCAACGGCAGAUAUAUCGUGGUCGGGGCGGUGCUGAUGGUCGUGUUACUGGCGGCUUAUCUGGAGUUCAUGGCCACGACCGAAUGGAGCAGCACUGGUGUAACCUUCCACAGUGAAAGCAUCGCCUGGGCAAAAGCUGCUGCUCGACGUGCGGCUCACAUCUCUGAAGAUAACAUCUCUGAUAAUAAACAUGACAUCUGGACACCAAAAAAACACUCAACAGACCUGGAGGGUGGAGUAUAAAGGACUGGCGAAUCUUCACGUCUUUGAGGACUGGUGUGGCUCAUCUACAGCUCAACUACGGAAGAAUAUACAUUAUCCACUGUAUCCUCACACUCGUACAACUGUGAAGAAACUUGCUGUGUCACCCACCUGGACCAAUUAUGGACUCAGGAUAUUUGGAUACAUACAUCCUUAUACUGAUGGUGACUUUCUGUUUGCAGUGGCAUCUGAUGAUAACAGUGAGUUCUGGCUCAGUGAUGAUGACAAUCCCGCCAAUUUGAAGCUCCGCGCUUAUGUUGGAAAGACAGGCAGAGAAUGGACUGCCCCAGGGGAAUAUGGGAAAUACGCCAGUCAGAUAUCAGAUCUCAUUCCUAUGCAAAAGAGCAAUAAAUAUUUCUUUGAGCUUAUCCACAAACAAAACGACCAAGGAACGGAUCACGUGGAGGUUGCGUGGCAACUGAAACAGAUCGGGAACAGAUUUUCAAUCAUCGAUUCCAAGUUCAUCUCCCUCUACACCAAUGAGUCUUCUCUGAAGACACCAGAUGUCAGUCACAUUCCUCAGACCAUUGCCAGUCAUGUGACUCCACACCAGAGGUUGCCUCAGGCUCCACCCCAUGGAGCAGACAUGCUAAGAGCAGACCCACGUGACUCGUUUCAUCAGGUUCCAUUAUUGGACAGGGUACGUUUGCAGGGAGUUUUACCAGACUGUAUGUAUAACCCCAGCUACAUCAUAAAGGGAUAUCCUCUAAUGCGCUACCAGGGCUUGCAGUUUGUGCACCUGACGUACGUGUAUCCUAAUGACUACACACGGCUCACACACAUGGAGAGCGAUAACAAAUGUUUCUACCGUGGGAAUCCAUACUACCUGGACAGAUAUGGAUUCUCAAACUACAUUCAGCUGGAUAUGCCUGAAAAUGAGGAGUCAGCCAUCAAAUACAGAGGAGAUGGCAUGCUAGGAAGAGCCAGGAAUCUGGGCAGAGAUGAAGAUGAGGGCUUUCAGAAAGCUGGAAAGUAUGAGGAGAAGAAGCAGAUAAAAGCUGUGGAGAGGAACGAAGAUCUCCCGGAUUAUGAAGACAAUUUUGAAGAUUACAGAAUGGACAGACGCCGCAAUCUGUUCUCUGUUCGGAAACAUGGCCGAAUCAGAAAAAGAAGGGAAGGGGUGGACUUAAACAACGGAAUUCAACAGAUGGACCAAGACAACCAACCUAAGGAAAUCCAAAAACCACCUGGAGAACCAGAAAAGCACCCAGAGGAACCACAGCAGCAACCAAAAAAGAAGAGGAAAAGAAGACGUUCAGAACAAAACCUACAGGAUCAACACAACCUCCAAAACUUACCGUCUGAGGUUAAGAACUAUGACCUUGGAAAAGAAAAAGACUCAGUGCGGUUUCAGAAUAAGGUUAUGGAGAAGAUACCUGACCGGCAGCUUCCAGGACCAGCUCAGAGAGAAGAUCGCUUGAGGUCAGAGGUGAAACAACAAGUGGACCAAUCGCUUAAUCGGGAUGGUGCAAUUGAGCUCCAUCUGCAUAAAGCCAGACACAGAAAUAGUAGUGAUGGAAAUCCAAAUCUUGUUGCAGUUGGAGACAGAAAUAUUCCCAUGGAGAACAUACGAGAAGCUAAUGAGUUGAAGCAGAGAUCAGUGACCAACCCUGCCAUGUUUGACGAGGUCCAGAAGGAACAUCAUGACCUUGUGAAUCUCACAGUUAAUCGAAAGGUCAAUCUAGGAGAAAAUGUGGAUAAGGCACCCAAGAACUCAGUGAAUGAGGUGAAAGUAAAGAAGGUGAAGCUGAAGAACACUGCAGAUGAGCUGCCAUCCUUAAAUGGGAAUGAAGUCAAACCAGAACCGAUGAAGAGGCUCAGACACCCAAAGUAUAAAGCAAACGAAGCCGUGCAUGUUUUGCAGGACAACCCUGAAAAAGCUGUAGUAGAUGACAGCGUUAUCAUCAAGCACAAAAAUGUGGCUCAGCAUGUCCAAAUGACCCAAAAACCACACCAAAACUCAUUGUAUAAUGAGACCAAUGAGCGUAAGCCACUGGUUAUUGAGGCUCCAGCUAACAGCCAUGUGGGUCGUGUGAAUGAAGCCGGAAAGGAAAAGGAGAUUCGGCAUAAUGCGAUACAUAUAGAAGAGGUUGAAGAUGGAGGAGAUGAAGAAGACACCUGGGUGAAUCAGGGUUUUUCGGAGGAAGAAGACUAUGACCUCAUCAACCGGGCUGUGUUUGAUGUGGAUGUCAAGUGGUCUCAGACGUUCCAGGUUAAACCCUUAGAUCUGGAAACCUUGCGCUCCGACUGGAUUGAUCUGAAGUGUAAUGUGUCUGGAAACCUGCUGCUUGAGGAGUCAGAAGCGUUUUCUGUUGUGGAAGCUUUCAUGAAGAAGCUAAACAAGAAAUAUCCAAGGCAGUUCUCUCUACAGCGUAUUGUGAACAUUGAGAAGAAGCCUGAUUAUAAUCGUGGCAGCAGAUAUCUCCUGGAACUGGACUUGCUGGAGGCUUCAGGACGCCACCUGCGUCUAGUUCAGUACAUCUUUGUGAAAAGAACUGAAGUUCGGGGUUUUCAGAAACAACAAAAGACUCAAGAUGCAGAACUUAAGCUUUGCAAUCCUUAUAGCUUCUACUGGAAACCGACUGCUACUGUUCACUUCAUCAUCCCAGUGAAGAACCAGGCCCGUUGGGUGCAGCAGUUUAUUUCAGACAUGGAGAAGAUUUACAGCACCACUGGAGAUCAAAACUUCAACGUUAUCAUUACUGACUAUGAAAGCACUGAUAUGAACAUAGAACAAGCACUACAAAACUCUUAUUUGCCCAGGUAUCAGUACCUCAGGUUGAGUGGAAACUUUGAGAGAUCAGCAGGACUGCAGGCAGGAAUAGACCUUAUUACUGAUGAUCACAGCAUUGUGUUUCUUUGUGAUCUGCACAUUCAUUUUCCACCUGGCUUUACUGACACUGUGAGAAAACACUGUGUGGAAAAACACAUGGCCUUUGCUCCAAUAGUCAUGAGGCUGAACUGUGGCGCUACACCUCUGGAACCUGAUGGUUAUUGGGAGGUCAAUGGCUUUGGUCUUCUGGGCAUUUAUAAGUCAGACCUGGACUCCAUUGGGGGCAUGAACACCAAAGAAUUCACUGACCGCUGGGGCGGAGAGGACUGGGAACUACUGGACAGGAUUCUUCAGGGUGGGCUGGAGGUUGAACGAAUCUACUUGAGGAACUUCUUCCAUUACUUUCACUCAAAACGUGGAAUGUGGAACCGGCAGAUUCUGCGCAACACGUAACCACGUCAACGGUCUCGCCGCUGCUGAGCAACGGUUAUCACGGCACUUUAAACCUCAGGACAUUCCAGGUGUGUUCCAGAUCACAUCUGACUGAAGGUGAAUUUGAGGUGAUCAUUUAGUGGAGAAACACACAGAGACUCAGGACAAGGACAUCUGUGAUGUUUAGGUUGAAGAUGAGCUGUGUAACACUUGGUGCAUCUAAACCUCUCCGGAUCAUUUUCAAAAGUUGGAAUGUUUCUAAAAGCUAGCUCUGCUAUCAAAAGGAGGAAAAAAACUUGAUGCAGAUCGCUGAUGGCUACAGCAUGCUAUGUUGUCGUCGUCACUUCCAGGUCAAUAAUAUGUCUUCAUUUGCAUCUUGCUGAGUAUUCUGUUCUGACAGACAGAAAUGUGACAUUAAAUGAGAUGUAUAAACUGAGAAACUGUGUAUUUAUUCAGGUAGGUACAGUAAGUGUCUUGGGUGAGGGUUUGACUUUGCACACUGUUGGAUGUUUUAUGCUGUGUGACUUCUUAGGGACUCUGUGAAUCGGUGGCCAAAACCAAAAAGAUGUGCAAUAUUCACAAAGCAUGUUGGUCUAAGUAAAUUAAUUGAUUCAGGUUAAAAAUGCUAUUCUGUUAUCAAUUCAAUCUCACAAACCCUGUCAAGAACAUGUCGGAGUCAUCCUCAAAAUACAGAAGAAAUUAUAUUUUGUUUAAAAAAGAAAAAAGAAAAAUAAGCACAUUUUACUACCAAAUUCUCAUUGUUAUGCACAAAAUAGACUUUAAGUUGAAUGUGUGCAUACAUCAUAGUAGCAUUUGUCUUAAUGUUGAAUUAAAUAUAUAAAAUAGUUAGUAUAGAUGUGCUUAAUUGUCAUUAAAUAUACUGUCACAAUACCUUCAUUAAAGGCUUAAUUAUCUUUAUACAAAAUGUAAUUUAUUUUAAAGUGGGUAUGAAAUGACCUAGCCAUGUUUUUGGUGAUAUUGCCAUUUUGUAGUGAUAUUGAAGGUUUCAAAGAUCUGCUCUUUUGUACAAAAGAAUGUGAUUUUCCAGCAUUAUGUACCUGAGCAGGCAGUUUUCCUGUGUUCAUGACACAUUCCAGUGAGUAAACCUGUUUUAGACUGAUUCAACCCUGUACAGUAUUAUUUAAAACUAUUUAAUAUUCAUCAAACACACAAUCCGUUUCAGUUCUUUCCUAUAGGGCUCUUAUCUGAGUUUGCACUCUGAUGAAUUACAGGCAAAAUUUUCUCAAUGAAGCUGACACCAGACAUUCUCGCUCAUAAGUGCCUUCUGCUGUAUUUGGAGGAAAUCAAAUGGAAAUAUCUACUGUGCACUCUGUUUUGUGUAAGGAUUUGGCACUGUUUUUACAGAAAUUCUUUUUUAAUGGUUACACAUGCUCUAAAUGUUACUGCCUUACAGUUUGUUUUGGUGGGCUUUUUUGUAAAAAAAAAAAUGGUCGUAAUACAUUGUAGAUCUGACAGUCAAUAAUGUGUUACUUUAAAAAAAUCUAGUUGUUUUAUAUUUAUUUAUUUUUCCACAUUUUGUAGGCAGCAAAAUGCAAAUGAACUCAUUUAUGCAGAUCACCAACAACCUUAAAAUAAA